GACGUCCGUCAUCCCGUGCGAGGCGGCUCAGAUGAAUCUUUGCGUCGUGGUCCACGGCUCAUCCGUUAUCUUCCCAAAUGGUGCCCUCCGGGGAUAUUUUAAUGUUUCUGCACUGCGUCGCCAGCACCACCCCUUGCUCUCGAAGAUUCAUCUACGCCCUGCUCCUCACCCUUAUCCUCUCCUUGGCGACCAUGGCUGCUUCUUCUUCAUCAUCACAGCCAGACGAAGUGCUGCCACUGAUUCCUUGCGCCAAAUGCUUAAGGUGGUCACCUUCGUCUCUCGCGGCAGAACUCGGUACUACAAGUGCGUCGGGAAAGAUGCUGGGCUAUGCCAGUUCAUGAGAUCCACCAAGACGUACCUGCCAGAGCUGACUCGUCAUGGCCUGUUGCAGCCGUAUGUGCUGCAGGCUGCAUCACUCCCUUGCCGUCCACCCGUCCCGCUGUUCGGUCCUCUCCAGCGGAGACUAAGGCGAGAGCACAACUUCGACGACGGCGGACAGGCGGAGAUUCAGCCUGCCCAUGUAAGCAACCAGCCACCGCUGCAGCAGUCCACUGUUGCCCGCGCGGCGCCUCAAUGCUGCUUCACUGACAGCUAGCGUACGGCGCUGCUCCUGGCCGGAACCAACUUCAUCCUCGUCGUCGCCAUGCUGAAGCAGCUAGUUUAGUGGUCAAUGAUCCAUGUAGUAUGGAGGAGUCGUCUAGUUAAGUCUUAAGUCCACUGUUUUUUAGUUUGAUUAUUCCACUAUGUGCCUCCGGUCUAGUUUCUACUGCUCGCUUUUGUGUUCAACUCGACCAUCCCGACGCAUUUUGUCAGGUCAUUUGUAUGCCAGCAUGGAUAUGUAAAUUAACGUACUGCUCAGAGUGUUUGAAGUUC